AUGAUCAAUGCGAACCAUGGACCCACUCCUCGUGCUCAAGAGACUCUGGAACAGAAUCUGAGAGACGUUUCUCUCGCAGCAGUAGCAGAGCCCUACUUGGGUACCAUGUCUGGGCUGACAUUCGCAAAAUUAACCCAAGCAGUACUUCGAAGGCUCUCACCAGACGGUCGAGACUUUGUCUUCAGCCCACGCGUGGAUGGCAACGUGGUACCGCUAGAAGGAGCCACAAAUCUGCAUCUGGAACUUCUAAACAGUGUCUACUUUGAUUUCGACCAAGCCAUCGACUUUUCUCUGCUGGCAGGAGAAACAUCGUUACCCAUGAUUGAUACUACAAUACAGAAUGAAACAACACAACUUCCGGACCGGGCUGAGGUGCUACAUCUGGCAAAAUUCUACUUUGACCACUCUCACACUCUUUAUCCCAUAGUACAUCAACAAGAGGUCAUGACUGAUAUACAUUCAAUCUUGCUUGAUCCUGAGCACUACCUAACGCUGUCUCCACCAUGCAUGUUUCGGAUAUGGAUGGUAUUGGCCAUUGGCUCAACUACAUACUCUUCAAUCACACUAGCCGAGGAAUUUGUGUCCAGAUUGUAUUAUGAGAAGGCCAUGACAUACUUCGAUGCAUCGAUGGACUAUGGUGAUGUUGUGAGUUCUGCUUGUGAGAAACGCUGA